UAGGAGUUUCGUGAUUUUUCCCUUAGGAUUUUCCUCUUGCUACUUUUGAUCGUGAUUUUUCCCUUAGGAUUUUCUUCUUGGUACUUUUGAUGCGUUAUCAUCUUUGUAGCUAUUAUUUCAAAUGGAGUCGCAAUCAACAUUGGGUGAGUCAAAUUCAACGGAAGGUUUUGUUGACAGAUUCAGCAGUCUUCCAGACGACAUAGCACAUCAUCUUCUUAGUUUCCUCGACGUGGCAGACCUUGUUUCUUUAAUGCUACUCUCCAAAAGACUUUACUCCUUGUGCAUGUCCGUUCCUAUUUUGUCUGUUGAUAACAGGAAACAUUUAAAGUCGAAAGAUCGCUAUGAAUGUUUUGUUGGGAAAUUCUUGGCUCUUCGACAAAAUACUGGGACAAAGGUUCAUAAGCUUAAAUUUACCUGGCAAUUCCUUAGGGACUUGGAGCUUUCUCAAAAUGAGUUGCAUAGACUUGUUUCAUACUGUAUUAGAACCGUCUUGUGUUGUGGCACUCAGUCUCUUUGUUUGGGUUUCGUUUCAUAUGAGGGAAAGCCUCAACAUCUUCCUCCUCCAUUCUUCUAUCUUACUCAAACCUUAAGGGAGCUUAUGCUACGCACCAACAAUUGCAGUCUCCACAUUUCUCCAACGUCACCUUUUCAACCCCCUAUGCUAGAAAAGCUAACAAUUCAGCUUAGCAAACUCACUGAAAGAGAAAUUCAAAAUUUAGUUAUGGCUCUACCUUCGCUCAAGUCAUUGUUCUUUCUAUUUUGUACUGGGAUAAAGACUCUGACCAUCAAUAGCUCAUCUCUCAAGCUUUUAAAGAUCAUCAAUCGCACCGCGGUUGAGCGCGAGCUCCAUACUGUUUCCAUCAGUUGUCCUCAUCUUCAAAAACUGCAUAUAGAAUGGAUUCCUUCUCUUAAGUUGUCUUCAAGGUCCGUCCAUAUGCAAAGCGCUACAGUUUUUCUUGCGCAUCCUCCAACACUGUUCCCAUGGGAGUUAUCUCAAGCUUCCAAGCCCUUGCUGGAUAUGCUAAUUAGUCAGUUAAGCAUGACCAAAUCCCUAACAUUGUAUUAUGACACCAUACAGCUUUUCCGCAUAUGUAAAUGCUCAUUAUCUCCGUUAAGCAAAGUAGAGAGCCUCAGCUUAGAUUGCUGCUUUAUAAGUGAUAUAGAUCUGCCAGUAAUUUCCUUCUUUCUGAGGGGACUGCUACAUUUGAAGUCUCUAUGUAUAGAAUCAUCAAGUGCCUCAAAAGAAUCGGUGGAAAAAGUUAGGGAAAAUUGUACCCCGUUUGGAGGGUAUAAAGUGGAAUACUGGGAGACACAAGAUCUCAAGUUUGUUCCUCAACUGAAGAUGGCAACCAUUGAAGUUUGUGGAGAAGGAAACGGAUUAGAACUUGUAAAGUAUCUACUCAAGCAUGCAACGGCUUUGGAAACGUUGAACAUCCUUUGCUUUCCAGCUUUGGAAUUGAGUAUCUUGGAGCAGAUAAUGCAGAGGGAUAUGGAGAUAGAAAAGAAACCCAAAUUUCAUCCUGUCUUUCUUUUUCUAUCUUCACCCAUGGCAAUCCUCCUGGUCCUCCUCUUCGCAUCCUCCUCAUCCUUCAUCUCCACCGUCUCCUCUGCCUCUACUCCUCCCUUCUCCCCCCAGGACAACGUCCUUAUUGACUGUGGUGCCAAGUCCCCUGCCACCCUCCCCGAUGGAAGAUCCUUCAAGACUGAAGACCAAACCACCGAAUUCUUAAAAACCAAGGAUGACAUCCAAGUCUCCAUCCCUUCCGCUGAUGUUCCCUCCCCAAUUUACCUCACGGCCAGGAUUUUCGUCGAGCAGGCAACCUAUGCAUUUCAUUUGACUCGUCCCGGAUUCCAUUGGGUUCGUCUCCAUUUCUUUGCACUCAAGAACAAUGAAUUUGAUCUUCAACAGGCCACAUUUUCUGUCACCACAGACAGAUACGUUCUGCUUCAUAAUUUUAAGGUUAAUAAUAACACCAAUGCAAUACUCAAGGAGUACCUCCUCAACGUAACCGAACCCCAAUUAUCAAUCAAUUUCAUUCCAAUGAAGAACUCAGCCGCUUUCAUUAAUGCCAUUGAAGUAGUUUCUGCCCCAGAUAACUUGAUUUCCAAUCAGGGUACAUCUCUGUUUCCUGUAAACAGCUUUUCCGGAUUAUCCGAGUUUGGGUACCAUGUAGUCCACCGGCUCAACAUGGGAGGUCCCCUGAUUACAUCGCAGAAUGAUACCCUGGGAAGGACUUGGGUUCCUGAUUCGGAUUUUCUCAAAGACAAGAAUUUGGCAAAGAAUUUCUCUGUUGCGACAAAUGUGGUGAAAUACACUGAUAUUCUGACGCCAAUUAUUGCACCGGCGACGGUUUACUCUUCCCUGACAGAGAUGGCCGAUGCACAAACAAUGCAACCCAAUUUCAAUGUGACCUGGAAAUUUGAUGUGGAUACAGCAUUUGAUUAUGUUCUUCGAAUGCAUUUCUGUGACAUUGUGAGCAAAUCCCUGAAUGAUCUCUACUUCAAUGUAUACAUCAAUGAAAAAAUGGCAAUUUCCGGGUUGGAUUUAUCUUCCCUCACUGGAGAAUUGGGGUUUCCAUACUAUAAAGAUAUAGUCGUGAACGCCUCCACCAUGUCGGAUGGGCUCUCCGUUCAGAUUGGACCCAUGAAUGAGAAAACGGGAACAGUUAACGCGAUUCUAAAUGGGUUGGAGGUGUUGAAGAUGAGCAAUUCGGUGGAUAGUUUGGACGGAGAGUUCGGCGUUGACGGAACCAAGGCCGGAUUGGGAACCAAGGGCACGGUAGCGGCGGUCGGGUUCGCGAUGAUGUUCGGUGCCUUCGUGGGUCUCGGUGCGAUGGUAAUCAAGUGGAAGAGAAGACCCCAAGAUUGGCAAAAGAGGAACAGCUUCUCCUCCUGGUUACUGCCGCUGCAAGCCGGCGACAGUAGUUUCAUGGCGAGCAAGACCUCCGGUUCCCAUAAGAGCAAUUUCUAUUCAUCCACAUUGGGGUUGGGUCGGUACUUUUCGUUUGCGGAAUUGCAAGAAGCAACAAAAAAUUUUGAUUCCAGUGCGAUUAUCGGUGUCGGAGGAUUUGGGAAUGUGUAUCUGGGUACAAUCGACGACGGAACCAAAGUCGCUAUCAAGAGGGGAAACCCACAAUCGGAACAGGGGAUUACAGAGUUCCAAACGGAGAUCCAGAUGCUGUCAAAGCUCCGGCACCGGCAUUUGGUGUCCUUGAUUGGAUACUGUGAUGAGAAUAAUGAAAUGAUUCUGGUCUAUGAAUACAUGUCAAACGGACCGUUCAGGGAUCACCUGUACGGCAAGAAUCUGCCACCUUUGUCGUGGAAGCAGAGGCUGGAGAUCACUAUUGGAGCGGCGCGUGGGCUACACUAUCUUCACACCGGAACUGCCCAGGGGAUCAUCCACCGCGACGUUAAGACAACCAACAUCUUGCUUGACGACGCCUUUGUUGCCAAGGUGGCUGAUUUCGGGCUGUCUAAGGAUGCUCCGAUGGGGCAGAAUCAUGUUAGUACCGCGGUGAAGGGGAGUUUUGGGUACUUGGAUCCUGAGUACUUCAGGCUACAGCAAUUGACGGAUAAAUCCGAUGUGUACUCAUUUGGGGUUGUGCUGCUCGAGGUGCUGUGUGCUCGGCCGGCGAUUAACCCACAGCUGCCGCGAGAGCAGGUGAAUUUAGCUGAAUGGGCAAUGCAGUGGAAGAGGAAAGGAUUACUUGAAAAGAUCAUUGAUCCCCAUCUAGUGGGGAAUAUCAACCCAGAAUCCAUGAAGAAGUUCGGCGAGGCGGCGGAGAAGUGCCUGGCGGAUCACGGCGUUGACAGGCCAACAAUGGGAGAUGUCCUGUGGAACUUGGAGUAUGCCCUUCAGCUCCAAGAAGCAUUCACACAAGGAGAAUCAGAGGAUGAAGCUAAAGCACCAUCUGCCACCGUCGCCUCCCCUGUUCCUGUGGCUUUGCUUCCCACCUCUCCUUCCUCCGACAACCGUCCAAUUUCUAACCGAGAGGAGAACAGUGCCCCGGCUCAAGUUCAGGCCAUUGAUGGCCACUCAGGCACUGCAGUAUGUUCACAAUUUACCGGGCUAAAUGGCCGGUGAGGAAGGCAUUGCUGCAGAAGUUAAAACGGCGGAUGUAGCAACUAUUUCAAUGGAUUGAAUUGCGGGAAAUUGCCUGAAAAAAUUGCCAUAAAAAAAAUGUUGAUAUAAACAGCAAAUGUUAAU